UUUUACACCUCAUGUCAAAAUUGACACCUUUUUUACAUUUUUAUCCAUACACGGUUUUUUAAACUUUUUUAACUUUUACAUUUUUCAAUUUUACUUUUCAAAAAGUUUAAUAAUUACAAUUUUACCUUUUCCCUUCUUCCUUACACACGUACACGCACGCCACCUCAUAACUCCUUUCUUAUUUUUUUUUUUUUUGAAUUUUUCAUUUAUCUGAUUCUUCCACUCUUCAAACCGAGCUUCCCACGAUCACCAUUAUCAAGCCCUAACCAAUUUCUUCUUCCCACGAUCACCUUCUCCAAGCCCUCACCCACGUUUUCCUCAACCUACAUUGUCAUCCUCCACUAUAUUUUCUCUAUAUAAAUGGCAACCACUAGAAGUGGUUCGAAAUCACCAUCUCCGGCGAAGAAAGUUUCUAAAAAAUCGAAGAAGGCUCCAACUGUUACUUCCAAAGUCGAACCUAAGAUGGGGUUAAAAAAAAUUGCUAAAAAUUUAGUGGCUGAUGUUCCAGAGACAUCGGGCACUAAGAAAAGAGCCCCUCCUGUUAAAGCCGAUGCUCCUAAGACUAAGAGAGCAAAAAUUUCCAAGUCUGCACGCGAUGUUUCCUCAGAUUCUGAUUUUGAGGAUGAAGUGCAUGGUGAGGACCAAAAGCCCAAAGUUGAAUCAAAGGUCCAUGCUAGGACCUCAGUGAAGGUUGAAGGAUUUGACCUACCAAAGAAAAAUCCCCCUAAGGUGUCCUUUUUUUAAAAAAAAAAAAUUAUUUUUAUUAUUUGUUUUCUGUUUUUUUUUUAGUUUUUUUUUGUU